CCAAUCCUUAUCUUUUCGUCCAUGCCAACACAAACAAGGGAAGGCAGUACAACAUACAAAAUGAAAUCAAGUGUUCAUUUCGUAUGUGCGGCGACUGAUGUGCAAACAGUAGCGACAGCAGCCAAGAAGAGCAAUUUCCGGAUUUUUUUAUCUAUUGGGAUGCCAUCAAUUUCCGCCAUUAACACCAUCCCCGUUAUAAGGAGGAGCCUGUCUUCAGCUCUUGUCGCAUUUACUUUCUUUUUCUUUGCUUUUUUCCUUGCUUGUUUAUAUUUUUAUUCUUUCUUAUACUAUUUUUAAUACACACUUGCUUUUAAAAAACCAUGUUUGUUCUUCGCGCCACCAGCAACGCCUCCGUCCGCUCGUCUCUCAAGCAGCGCGUCCAGGAGCUGAUUCCCGAGAAGAUUGCCGAGGUUAAGGAGGUCAAGCAGAAGUACGGCGACCGUGUUCUGGGCGAGACCACCGUUAACAUGGCCUACGGCGGUAUGCGCGGCAUCAAGGGUAUGGUCUGGGACACCUCGCUCCUCGAUGCUGAUGAGGGUAUUCGCUUCCGUGGCCUCUCCAUCCCUGAGGUUCAGGAGACCCUGCCCAAGCCCAAGGGUGCCACCGAGACCACUCCCGAGGCCCUCUUCUGGCUUCUGCUCACCGGCGAGGUGCCCACCCAGGCCCAGGCCCAGUCCAUCACCGAUGAGCUCAACUCGCGCGCGUCGCUGCCCGAUUUCGUCAUCGACCUGAUUGACCGCUGCCCCAGCACCCUGCACCCCAUGUCGCAGUUCUCGCUGGCCGUCAACGCCAUGCAGCACGACUCGCAGUUUGCUAAGGCCUACCACGCCGGCAUCAACCGCAAGGACUACUGGGACCCCGUUUUCGAGGACUCCCUUGACCUGCUCGCCAAGCUGCCCCUCGUCGCGUCGCGCAUUUACCGCAACGUCUUCAAGGAUGGCAAGCACGGCUCCAUCGACACCUCGGCCGACUACUCGCAGAACUUUGCCAACCUCCUCGGCUUUGGCGAGAACCGCGAGUUUGCCGAUCUGAUGCGCAUGUACCUUGUUAUCCACUCCGACCACGAGGGCGGCAACGUCUCGGCUCACACCACCCAUCUUGUUGGCUCGGCGCUGUCCGACCCCUACCUGUCGUUCGCCGCUGGCCUUAACGGUCUUGCUGGUCCCCUGCACGGCCUCGCCAACCAGGAAGUCCUGCGCUGGAUCCUUAACAUGCAGAAGGAGAUCGGUACUGACACCCCCACUGAGGAGCAGAUCCGCGACUACUGCUGGGCGACCCUUAACUCGGGCCGCGUUGUCCCUGGCUACGGCCACGCUGUCCUGCGCAAGACCGACCCUCGCUACAUGGCCCAGCGCGAGUUCGCCCUCAAGCACCUGCCCGAGGACAAGCUGUUCAAGACUGUCAGCGCGCUGUACAAGGUUGUCCCGGGUGUCCUGACUGAACACGGCAAGACCAAGAACCCCUGGCCCAACGUCGAUGCCCACUCGGGUGUCCUCCUCCAGCACUACGGCCUCGUCGAGCAGGACUACUACACCGUCCUGUUCGGUGUCUCCCGCGCCUUCGGUGUCCUGUCGCAGCUCAUCUGGGACCGUGCUCUCGGUUUCUCCAUUGAGCGGCCCAAGUCGCUGACCACUGAGGCCAUCCGCAACAUAUUCGAGAAGAAGUAA